AGAAAGAACGGUUGGUGGCGGUGAGGAGGAAAGAGAAUGAUCCGGUGAUGGACCAUUCUAAAUCGCAUCCGGUAGAUUUCUCCUAGACUGCCAUGAGUCAGCCACCGACGGGGGGCGCUGCCCCUGCCACCACCGCAGCUUCUGCCGCCACCGCUGCCACAGAAGCUCGCCUGCACCCGGAGGGCAGCAGCAGAAAGCAGCAGCGUGCUCAGUCACCCGCUAGACUGAGGGACAAUUCCGUCCGACAGACAACCGCGGCCACUCGGUCCCCGGCGGGGGCCGGCACUAAGGUCAAUUCUGUUCGACAGCAGCAGCUGCAGCAGCAGCAAGGCAACAAGACCGGGAGCCGCGCGGCGCCUCCGGCCAGCGCCCGAGGCGGCGGAGGCGGGGCGGAGAAGGCAGCGCCCCUGGCGCCCAAAGGGGCCGCGCCGGGAGCUGUCCAGCCCGCGCCUGGUGCUGAAGCGGCCCCCGCGGCGACCCUGGCCCCGGUGGGAGGCAGGAGGCCUGGCCCGUCGGAGGAGCCGCCCCGGGAGCUAGAACCCGUGUCCUCUAAACUCGGGGAACCCCCUCCGCUCGGGGAAGGAGGAGGAGGGGGUGGGGAAGGAGGAGGAGCCGGCGGCGGCUCCGGGGAAAGGGAGGGGGGCGCUCCGCAGCCGCCGCCGCCGCCGCCGCCCAGGGGCUGGCGAGGGAAAGGCGUACGCGCCCAGCAGAGGGGCGGCAGCGGCGGGGAGGGGGGCUCCCCUUCGCCAUCCUCCUCCUCUGCGGGCAAAACCCCAGGCCCUGGCAGCAGAAACUCCGGAAGCGGCGUGGUGGGGGGCGGCAGCGGUGGCGGAGGGAGCUACUGGAAGGAAGGAUGUCUGCAGUCUGAGCUCAUCCAGUUCCAUCUCAAGAAAGAGCGGGCGGCAGCGGCGGCGGCCGCGGCUCAGAUGCACACUAAGAACGGCGGUGGCAGCAGCAGCAGCCGCAGCUCCCCGGUCGCUGGCGCCCCUGCCAUUUGCGAGUCCCUCGCAGUCCCUUCCUCCUCCCCAAUGGCGGCGGCAGCAGAAGGCCCCCAGCAGAGCGCGGAGGGCAGCGCGAGCGGUGGGGGCAUGCAGGCGGCGGCGCCCCCUUCGUCGCAGCCGCACCCGCAGCAGCUCCAGGAGCAGGAAGAAAUGCAGGAGGAGAUGGAGAAGCUGCGAGAGGAAAACGAGACUCUCAAGAACGAGAUCGAUGAGCUGAGGACCGAGAUGGACGAGAUGAGGGACACUUUCUUCGAGGAGGAUGCCUGCCAACUGCAGGAAAUGCGCCACGAGUUGGAGAGAGCCAACAAAAACUGCCGGAUCCUGCAGUACCGCCUCCGCAAAGCCGAGCGCAAAAGGCUCCGCUACGCGCAGACCGGGGAGAUCGACGGGGAGCUGCUGCGCAGCCUGGAGCAGGACCUCAAGGUUGCAAAGGAUGUAUCUGUGAGACUUCACCAUGAACUGGAAAAUGUGGAAGAAAAGAGAACAACAACAGAAGAUGAAAAUGAGAAACUGAGGCAACAGCUUAUCGAAGUUGAGAUUGCAAAGCAGGCUUUACAGAAUGAACUGGAAAAAAUGAAGGAGCUAUCCUUAAAAAGAAGAGGAAGCAAAGAUUUGCCAAAAUCUGAAAAAAAGGGUCAACAGACUCCCACAGAGGAGGACAAUGAAGACCUGAAAUGCCAGCUGCAGUUCGUGAAGGAAGAAGCUGCUUUGAUGCGAAAGAAAAUGGCCAAGAUUGAUAAGGAAAAGGACAGAUUCGAACACGAGCUGCAGAAGUACAGAUCCUUUUACGGGGACCUGGACAGUCCCUUGCCCAAAGGAGAAGCCGGGGGCCCCCCCAGCACCAGGGAGGCGGAACUCAAGCUGCGGCUGAGGCUGGUGGAGGAGGAGGCCAACAUCCUGGGCAGGAAGAUCGUCGAACUGGAGGUGGAGAACCGGGGCCUGAAGGCGGAACUGGACGACCUGAGGGGCGACGACUUCAACGGCGCGGCCAACCCCCUCAUGAGGGAGCAGAGCGAGUCCCUGUCGGAGCUGCGGCAGCACCUGCAGCUGGUGGAGGACGAGACGGAGCUGCUGCGGAGGAACGUGGCCGACCUGGAGGAGCAGAACAAGCGCAUCACGGCGGAGCUCAACAAGUACAAGUACAAGUCGGGCGGCCACGAGAGCGCGCGGCACCACGACAGCGCCAAGACCGAGGCCCUGCAGGAGGAGCUGAAGGCGGCGCGCCUGCAGAUCAACGAGCUCAGCGGCAAGGUCAUGCAGCUGCAGUACGAGAACCGCGUGCUCAUGUCCAACAUGCAGCGCUACGACCUGGCCUCGCACCUGGGCAUCCGCGGCAGCCCCCGCGACAGCGACGCCGAGAGCGACGCGGGCAAGAAGGAGAGCGACGACGACUCGCGGCCGCCGCACCGCAAGCGCGAGGGGCCCAUCGGCGGCGAGAGCGACUCGGAGGAGGUGCGCAACAUCCGCUGCCUCACGCCCACCCGCUCCUUCUACCCCGCGCCCGGGCCCUGGCCCAAGAGCUUCUCCGACCGGCAGCAGAUGAAGGACAUCCGCUCGGAGGCCGAGCGCCUGGGCAAGACCAUCGACCGGCUCAUCGCCGACACGAGCACCAUCAUCACCGAGGCGCGCAUCUACGUGGCCAACGGGGACCUGUUCGGACUGAUGGACGAGGAGGACGACGGCAGCCGCAUCCGCGAGCACGAGCUGCUCUACCGCAUCAACGCGCAGAUGAAGGCCUUCCGCAAGGAGCUGCAGACCUUCAUCGACCGCCUCGAGGUGCCCAAGUGCGCGGACGAGCGCGGCGCGGAGGAGCCCAUAUCCGUGAGUCAGAUGUUCCAGCCUAUCAUUUUACUUAUUCUCAUUCUUGUAUUAUUUUCAUCACUUUCUUACACAACAAUAUUUAAACUUGUCUUCCUUUUUACGCUGUUUUUUGUACUGUAAACCUUUCCUCAUUUACCAUUCAUUGUAGUAUUUUCAGUUUGUUUGUUUUGUUUACUCUUCAAGACAAGAAGUAAAAGGAAUAUUAUUUCUGUAGUAACCAAUGCUAUAAAAACACUGAAGACUGCUUAUUUCUUUAAAAAGACACCUCUUACCACUACCAAAUUCAGUGUGAAGCCCACGCACUAAAAUAUUUCA